AUGAACCGCUUUCGCAAGAACAAGAACCCACAGAAGCCUGGGGAAGUGAAGGGUUCCAAUCAGCUGGGCAUUCACUGCGCAUCUAUGUUGGGUUCUACCACCGAAUCAAUAUUCGAGAAUAAAUUCGAGCACGCAAUCGCCAGCGCUAUUGUGCAGCAUCCCCUUUUCACCGUCGGCCGAAUUAAUGAAGCAUCAAAGAAGCAAUACUGGGUCCGAUUGGACCAUAUAGACUUCAACAAUCACAUCACAUGGCAGACAGUCUCCGAGGGAGAAGAUCACAGAAAAGCCUUUGACGCUGCUCUAAACUGGCAGGUCAAUGAACGAUAUACCGAUCUAGAGACGAGGCCGCAGUGGAGAGCAACAAUCCUUAAAUCUGCAAAAGGCGAUUUUGUCGAUGUCGUCUUUGCUUGGGAUCACACAGUUGGAGAUGGGAAAAGCGGACGAUUUUUCCAUGACAGUCUGCUCGCAUGCCUUAACCAAAAACCAGACAAUGAUACCAUCACUUUAGAUGACAGAUCUUUCAAGUUGCCAGUCACUGAGUUCACGCCCCCGCUGCAUCAUCUGCUCAAACUGCCAGUCUCGCCGAGCUUUAUCUUUUCUACCUUCAGCCAAGAUUUAUUCCCGCAGUCUAAAUCCGAUAAGCCACCUCACACAGCCAACUGGGCACCGAUCAAGAUGGAGCCAUUCGAGUCUCGCCUCAAAUCAACCACUCUUCUAAACGAUGUCUUGAAGCCAGUGCUAGACGCUUGUCGCAAGAAGGAAACGACAUUGACUGCGCUUUUGCAUAGCCUCAUCUCUGUAUCAAUGGCAACUCGAAUUGCCGAAGAUGAGGCUCGGGCGUUUGAGUGCGGGACACCUAUUUGCUUAAGACAGUUCCAGAAACCAGGAAUGUCAAAAGUGGACUUGAAAAAGACAGCUAUUAAUGGUGUAGUGUAUUGGCCCUACAAGUUUGAGCCAGGUCUCGUCGCGACAAUCAGACAGCAGGUCAGCGAUGCCCAAUCAAACCAGGAGCUGAACAAAAGGAUCGAAGACACAGUGUGGUCUGUGGCCAAGUCGAUAAGAAAAGGAUUGUCCGCCAAGUUGAAGCUGGGCGCCAAAAAUGAUACACUCGGUCUUGCAAAGUUUAUCACUGACUGGAAGUCGUAUCUCUUGGAUCAUGCGAAAACACGUACACAUUCCUGGGAGGUUAGUAAUCUGGGGGUCAUGCAAGGAGACGUGGCGGGCAAUACGGGCACAGAAGACCAUUGGAGGAUCGAGGAAUGA